UCCUCAGGCCAGAUCGACAUCGACAUUGACAGUCGACAACAUCGACCCUGUCGCAACCCUUUCCCAAAGACAGACGUACAGACAUAUACACGCCAUGUCGUCUGCUGGGAUCCCAGUCCAAUUGGGCGCUCCCAUCAAUGUCGACGGGACGGCUCACACUUCUCGAUCGAGCAGCGUCGACGACUCUAGCUCUACCCCUACCUUGGCGCCUUCCAGCCCUAAACAAUCGACCGGGUCCGGAUCGAAACUUCAUGACGAGAAGGCGGCGCCGGUGGUGAUGUCUGAGAAGCCUCACCAAACGCCCGUCUACCAUCGGACCUCUGAGGAUGGUGAACACGGAGCUCCUCUCCAGCGACCUGCUCAGCCGAACCGUCAAAGCACCUUUACCAACAUGAUCAGCCGGGUUACCAGCGGUCUUUCUCAGAACAACCGCGAUCGAGAGUACCCGGAUGACGAGGUCUCCUCAUUCGAACGAGCCAUCUCUCGACGAACCGAGCAAGAAAAGGAAGGUUGGUCCCUCGAGGGGGUCAUGAAACGUGACGCCGAGAGGGACGCCGCCGAGGGCAAGAACCCUAGACGGUUGGACGUCUCGUGGAAGGACCUCUGCGUCAGGGGAGUCGGAGCGGAUGCGGUCUUUGCCGACGACCUGACGACCAUGUUCAACCCGAUGACCAAACGAAACGACAAGAAACGUAAAGCCGCCCUCGACCCGGACCUCGAGAAGGAGACGAAACCCCAGGCUUCGGAAAAACGACAAAAGGAUGCCGAAAAGUCCUUGCCCGACCACGGAUCGCAGUUGGGGCCCAACGAAAAGUUCCUCUUGCAAGACUUCACGGGGACGCUCAAAUCGGGGGAGAUGGCGCUCGUACUCGGUCGACCAGGUGCAGGGUGUACGACGUUUAUGAAGGCCCUGACGAACAUCCGACAAGGAUACGCCGGGGUAGACGGGGACAUUCGAUACGGAACGAUGGAUAGCAAAGAGGCGGAAAAGUACAGCUCGCAGAUCCAGUUCGUCGCCGAGGACGAGGUCUUUUACCCCGACCUGACCGUCGACCAGACGAUCAAGUUUGCGCUCAAGAUGCGAACUCCUUCGGACAAGGCUCGACCUCAGGGGGUCUCGCGAGAAGAGUACGAGGCGUCUUACAGGGAUACUUUGUUGAAGACGUUUGGGAUCGAGCAUACCGUCGAUACCAAGGUCGGGAACGAGAGCGUGCGGGGUGUUUCCGGCGGAGAGCGAAAGCGAGUCACCUUGGCCGAAGCGCUCGUCAACCGAGCUCCCGUCUACGCCUUUGACCAGCCUACUCGAGGUCUCGACGCCUCGACCGCCUUGGAGUUCACGCAAGCCAUGAGGACCAUCACCGAUUACCAAAAGACCACGACGUUCAUCAGCGUCUAUCAAGCUGGUAACCAGAUCUACGAGCUUUUCGACAAGAUCCUCGUCAUCGCCGCCGGACGAUGCAUUUACUGGGGUCCGAUGAAGGAGGCCAGGGGUUAUUUCGAGGACAUGGGUUUCCAAGUCAGCCCAGGGUCCAACUUGUCGGAUUUCUUGACGGCCGUCACCGUCGCUACCGAACGAGUCGUCGCCGAGGACAAGAAGGGCAAAGUCCCCAACACCCCGGAAGAGUUUGCCGUCAUGUUCAAACAGUCGGACAUCAACGCCAGGAUGCUCAAGGAGAUCGAAGAGCUCAGGGCGGACGAGGAGUUGUUGAAGAGCAGGACCGAGGAUCUGAAGGAGAGCGUCGUCAUCGAGAAAUCGAAGAGGGCCGGGAAGAAGGGUCCUUACACGACGACGCUCGCCACUCAGGUCGCCAGUGCCACUCGUCGACAAUACGCCUUGACGUGGAACGACAAGGCUUCGCUCGGGAUCAAGCAGGGUGGUAUGCUUAUCCAGUCUGUCAUCUUGGGAAGUCUGUUCUACAUGCUGGAUCGAACCACAAACGGACUGUUCGGAAAGGCCGGUGUGCUGUUCUUGACCUUGCUGGUCAACGCGCUGCUCGGUCUCGGAGAAGUCGUCAACAGUUUCAAGGGUCGAACCAUCCUGGCCAAACACAAGGCCAUGGCGCUCUACCGACCGUCCGCCCUGAUCUUUGCCCAGGUCAUGGUCGAUAUCCCGCUCGUCGCUUUGCAGGUCACCAUGUUCUUGGUGCCCAUCUACUUCAUGUCCGGACUACGACGAACGGCCGGAGCCUUCUUCACCCUCUGGAUCGUUACCUACGUUACCACGCACUCGCUCUUAGGUUUCUUCAGGAUGAUCGGGUUCAGUUUCAGUUCCUUCCAGGGCGCUGGAGCUGUGUCUGGUUUGGCUUUGGGUCUCAUCAUUCUUACGAUGGGUUAUCUGCUUCCCAAUGCCCAAUUGCCGUGGUGGGUCGGUUGGUUCAAGUACCUCAACCCCCUGUUCUACGCCUUGGAAACUGCAUUCAUUAACGAAUUCAACGGAACGACUAUCGACUGCGCCGCCCCCGCUUUGAUCCCGUAUGGUCAAGGGUACCCGACUACUGGAGACAACAUCGUCUGCAACAGUCCCGGUGCGGCGACCGGCGAGACCUCGUUCCCUGGUCGAAGGUACAUUGAGGAUCAGUACGGAUACCGUGUCAGCCACAAGUGGAGGAACUUUGGUCUCAUCAUCAUGUGGUGGUUCGUCUAUCUCGUCAUCACCUGUCUCGCCGUCGAACGUCUCAAGGCCGCCGGAAGCGUCAAGUCUUUCUUGGUCUUCGCGAGGAGAAAGGUAUCCAACAAGGGGAACGACGCAGAGUCUGGCAAGGCUGCUGCUGCUGGGAGCGAGACUGCCCCGGUCCACUCGGAUGAUGACAUCAAGAUUGACAAGUCGGAGACUCUGUUCGCCUGGAAAGAUCUGUGUUACACGGUACCUGUUCGAGGUGGUCACAGGCAGCUUCUGAACAAGGUCCAAGGCUUCACCAAGCCAGGAGCGAUGCUGGCCUUGAUGGGAGCUAGUGGAGCCGGUAAGACGACCCUGCUCGACGUUUUGGGAGCUCGAAAGGACGAUGGCAAGAUCGAAGGUGAUAUCACCGUCGAUGGACGACCUCCCGGUCCUUCCUUCCAACGUACAUGUGGUUAUGUCGGUCAGAUGGAUGUUCACGAACCUACUCAGACUAUCAGGGAGGCAUUCUUGUUCAGCGCUCGUCUCCGUCAACCGAGGGAGACUUCCGACGAGGAGAUUGAGAGUUACGUCAACAAGGUCAUUGAAAUUCUGGAACUCGAAGAAUUGGCCGAUGCCAUCAUCGGAGUCCCGGGUGCGGGUCUAUCUAUCGAACAGAGAAAACGUACUACUAUUGGUGUGGAGCUGGUCGCCAAGCCCAAGCUGUUGUUCCUGGACGAGCCGACGAGUGGUUUGGACGGCCAGAGUGCGUACCAGAUUCUGCGAUUCCUCAAGAAGCUUUCGGCUGCGGGACAAAGUAUGCUCGUCACGGUCCACCAGCCUUCCGCCCUCUUGUUCGAGCAAUUCGACUCGCUUCUACUUCUCGCCAAGGGAGGACGUACCGUCUACAACGGAGAACUCGGAAAGCACGCUUCGACUAUGAAGGAAUAUUUCGCCAAACAGGGUGCCAAGAUUGGUGAUGAAGAGAAUGCCGCUGAAGCGAUGAUCGACAUUGUCUCUGGCGCACGUUCCAAGGGUCACGACUGGGCUCAGGUCUGGCUUGAUUCGGAGGAAUACCAAACCAUCAGCAAGGAGGUCGACAACGUCAUCAAGGAGGCCAAGGAGAAGCCUGCUUCGUUCGAGGAGGACGGUCUCUACUACGCCUCGUCUCUCGGCAUGCAGACCAGGCUGGUCACCAAGAGGGCUUGGAGCUCGAUCAUCCGAACCCCCGACUACGUUAUGGGUCGUGUCGGGCUCGUCAUUGGAACCGGUUUAAUCACUGGGAUCACCUUUGUUACGGCCGUCCACACCAACGAUUACCGUUCAGUCCAGAACCGAUUGUUGGCCACUUUCCAAGCCAUGUUCGUCGCUCCGGGUCUCUUUAACAUUCUCCAGCCGCGAGUCAUCGAGGUCAGAACGCUGUACGAAAGCCGAGAGAAGGGCGCCAAGAUGUACGGAUGGUUCCCCUUCAUCUUCAGUGUCAUCCUGACAGAGGUACAUCCCUUGGCUUCUGAUGUCGGAGAUCUUGAAUUUCGCCGCCUGGUUCCCUCUCGUCUUCUGGACAUCUAAGCCCACGGACCCUUACCACGGUGGCUCUUUCUGGUUCCAAGACGUGCUCUACUUCCUGUGGAUCGGAGGGUUCGCGCAGUUCGUUGCGAUCUGCUCGCCCACCGCCGAGGCCGCGGCUCUGUUCAAUUCGAUCCCUCUUGGUCUUAUGGCGAGUUUCUCAGGAGUCUUGCUGCCGUACCCUCAGAUUCCCGCUUGGUGGAGAUACUGGAUCUAUUACCUUAACCCCUGGUCGUACAU